AUGUUCUAUUUUAUUCGUGUUUUAUACCUCACGUUUAUGCUAACAUUUCACCAUCAAAGAUGUAUAAGUGAACGCGUUGACAUGAAUUUCAUGAAAGCGUUAGAAAGGACUUUAGAAGCUUCUGAACGAUUAGUAUCUUUCUUUGAAGAGGAUGUUGAUAAAGUAAAUCUUGAUGCUAUAUUGGGAUUGCGAAUUGCCGAAGGAGCGUGGUCAUUAUGUUUGAACAAAUAUCUAAAUUCCACCAUGGCAGAUGGGAAAAAGAGUCGUAUUGCCAAGAUAAUAGGAAAAAUUCACCGGAAAGCUUCGUCAAUCAAUAAUCUUGCUCAGGUGUUCAUUAAACAUCAAUCUCCCGACUAUUAUGCCAUGUUCAAACCUAUGGUUGAUAAACCAUGGAAAUUUUACCGAGCUUUUCAAUUUAAUAAACUUCCUGCAUGGAAUGUGGUGAAUGUAUCGACGUUCAUACACGAAGACGAUGAUUGGAGCAAAACUUUAUCAAACAGAUGCAUAACAGAAGUCAUGGGAACGAAUAUCAAUCGUACAAAAUGCAAGGCCUCUGCAGACUGUUUCAAGGCGAUAACCAAUCAAAAUUCGUUCGGAUAUGGCACCACUCAUCAAGUAUUAUUUCUGUCUUUAGCCAUAAUGUUUGGAUGUGAGACAAAGUAUUCUCCAAUACUCAAACAACACUAUGGUUAUGACGUCAAGGGCCUCGUACAGAAUCGUUGUGCUGGUGUGAUGAGAGAGAUGAUGUUGCUGGAAAAAUUUGGGUUUCCUUUAAAUACGCGUGAUCUUUAUAUUGAGCAAGGAGCAUUAUGUGGGAUGCACGGAUUUGCAGAGUUCAUGACAUUUAAAAGACUUUACAAUGUCUUAAGUUGGCAAAGGAAAUUUGGAUGUUUUGGAAAAUCGAACAAUGAUGAUGAUCAUGGUCGGGAAACCGAUACAGAUUUAAAUCAUGACCGGGAUUCUGGUCAAGGAAAUAAUCUUGAUUAUUUAAAGUUGAUGGAUUCCCCUGACGAUAGAUACAACCAGGACGGUACUCCUAGCAAUGAUGAACAUUCUGAUACACUGAAGGAAAGAGAUGGAUCGAGAGAUACCUCUGAUUAUAAGGAUGAAUCAAACACAGUCAGUGGUAACAAAAAUUACAUUGGUUCAUUUGUUAUACGUCAUGAUAUAUCCAUGAACAGGAGAGAGAGUCGAUCUUUCCGAAGCAUGCGCAAACUGUUAAGUGAUGUAAUAGUUGAUCAUGGUUGUUCUUCUCACGAGUCGGGAGUUGCUGCUGGAUUACUGGGAUUGUAUACAAAAUGGCUCGUGGAGAAGAUGUAGCUGUAAUGGAAAGAUUGAGUUAAAUUAAAUUUAUAGUUUUUAUGAUAGUAUUGACUCUCUUGAAGAAAAGUUUUAGAACUAAGUGUAUUAUAGUAAAUACAUUUUAAAAUAGAUUUAGCCACAGA